GAGGGAGAGAUUGAAGGAGUGUGCAUAACCCUGAAUGUUGUCAGAUGCAAAGCUAUGUUACUGAGGGAGUAACCGGCUUCACUCCCUGUGACUCCGCAGGUGCAAGGACAGGCCGGGGAGCCCGCUACACAAACACACACACACACAGAGAGAGACAGACGCAUACGUGUUCAUUUACCGAGCCGCCUUUUUCUCGACGCGUCAACAACUCGGCCCCAAAAAAAGCCUCCAUUUUCUUUUGACCUCGAGUGAAACCCCUGCCUCUCUCCUCUCUCCGCCAGAUGGUGUUGCUCGCUCGCUGCGAGGGCCACUGCAGCCACACGUCGCGCUCAGACCCCCUCAUCUCCUUCAGCUCCGUGCUGAAGCAGCCUUUCAAGAGCACCUGCUACUGCUGCCGGCCCCACACCUCCAAGCUGAAGGCGGUGCGUCUGCGCUGCUCGGGGGGCACCCGCAUCACGGCCACCUACAGGUACAUUCUGGCCUGCGCCUGCGAGGAGUGCAGCUGAGCACCCCGAGAGAACCCCCCCCCCCCCCUCCGAACGGCUGGAACUCGAGCCCCUUGGCCCCACGACCCCUCCAUCCAUCCACCCCAGUCCACACCCGGCCGACGGACCCACGGACCUGUUCCUUAGCGUUCUUUUUGUGUGUGUGUGUGGGGGGGGGGGGGUUGGGGACCCUCGUGACCCAGAGGGACCGCUUGGAAGUUUAGAACCCCAAGAACAUUUCAAAUCCUGGAACUGCUACCUUGGAGGUAGAAAGGACAUUGUUUCUGCCCCAGGAGUCCCCAAAGACAGAUCUGCACUCCCCUCCACUGUUGUUCAAGCUUUAGCCAAAACUAAUUACAGACAACCAUGCAGCGCAUACACACGUACCCAACACACAUGGCGCUUGUUACAAGCAUCAGUGGUAUUAUGGCAGCUCUAUUAAAAACCCAGCAGCAAUCCUCAACAACAAACCACAUACAUGAUUAAACCCACGCAGUGUGUGUGUGUGUGUGUGUGCGUGUGCGUGCGUGUGUGUGUGUGCGUGUGUGUGUGUGUGCGUGUGUGUGUGGAUGUGUACAAACGUGGGAAGUACAUCAUCACACCUGCUCAGACCCCUGUCUGUCUCCCAGCUUAGAACACUCCACACAAUAUUUCCCCCAGCCCAGUAAAACACGAUGGACACUGGUAGCUGACAUCAUCACCUGAGGUUCUCUUGGAGGAUUAGAUCUUGUAACCUAUCUUAAUUUCACCUCCUAUGGCUGACUAUAACGCAGAGGGGGGUGGAGGUAUAAAAUGGAUUCUCCGGUGGAACGUCGGGCUGAGGGGAGGACUUCCUGUGAGUAGGGGAUGGGAGUUGGCAGUACAGUACGAUCAUGUGUGCAUGAACUCAAUGGCACGUCCAGGAUUGUCAAUGUCAGUGGUCCAUGUAUUUUAUCUGUACAGUCUGUGCAUCUGUAAGUCUGUUUGACUUCUUCACUGUCAAGGUCGCUGAUGGUAUUAUCAAAACUACCGUUAUUAUCAUAAUCAUGACAGAAUAUGUGAAUACUGACCCAUUCAACGACAUACCUUACAAUGACUUCAGAUAUUUGGGAUAUGCUUCACUAUCCAUCUAGUAUCAUUGCUUACCGAAGUGUGUCGAGUUACUGUACCUACUUUAAACUUCCCCAGACAUGCUAUACUGUAGAAAUGAUUACUACUACCAUCAGUGUUUACCACAGUUUCUCCUGAUUUAUGGCCCAAGACUAGGUUGUGGCUUAAAGCUUGCAUCACGUUUAUUAGACAGGUUACUCAAAGUUUUGUAGUUGCAGUUCAUCACUUAUUCGUUUGUAGUACCGAUUUUCCACAGUACUACAGUCCUACAGUACGUACACACGACUCACCCCCAUUCUCAGAUACACACAAAUACAUUCAAGUACACGUACACAAACUCUCUCACACACACUUCAAUGCCUUUGUUGUACGGUGUACUGAAAAGGUACCCCCUCUCUGUAACAUCCCCCCCUGUGUUUGAGUCUAUAGCUGAGCUGACAAGGCAUAUGGCCGCUUCACGUGAGAACCUAAUAAACUGCUUUUCUUCA